CUCGACAAUUUCAUUUUCAAAAGCUGUACAAUUUGAAUACAUAAAUUUACUUAGAUACAAUCAUUAUUUAAUUCCACAUAAUUACGAAAGCGAAUAAAAUGUGACAAUUAUUUUCGACUUGAUAUGGAUUAUGAGAGGCUUGGAAACAAAAAUUACAGAGGAUUAGAACGGGUUACAGGUGUGAAAAAAAUCAGCAUGGAAACAAAAUGAAAUAAUAAUUUUCAACUUGAAAUGGAAGUUAGGAGAUGUGAAUGUACAUUACAAGAGGCUUACAAACAGAAAUUACACAGGAUCUGAAUAUAAUUGUAAAAACAGUUAUCUUAAACGAAUCACAAGAGUGAGCAGGAAGAGCAUGGGAACAAACUUAAAAUAACUGUUCUUAUAACUGAAAAAAUGGGAUGAAUCGAAUAAAGACAAAGAGAGAAAAAUCACACACAGCGAACAAAACAAAAAAACCGAAGGCUAGGGGAACAUCCCGAACUAGGUUCAUGGUAGUUGUUUCUUUUGAACAAAGAGCUCCAGCUUUUCAGUGCGUAUUGCGAGGGCUUCUGUAGUACAAAGAAGUCGAAAACAUACUGCCAUUGGUAGCUUUCUGUUUACUUUGUAAAUGACUUUGAAUGAAUCAUUUGAGAUUCACCUAUUUUAAAACGUAGAGUUCUCUACCAUAAUGAAAGUGAAUAUAUAUGAGGUGGAUGUUUAAGUGUGAUUACAUUUUAUCGUAGUGAAGCUGAAGAUUCGACUGGCCUGAAAAUCUUCUCUAUCACAAGUAUAUAUCAAUCAAUAAUUUAUUGGUAGUCAUUUGUCAAAGUCUACUGAUUCUACCAUUAUAUUUAGAUUCUUUGAAGAAGUAAUAAGCGGCGACUUAGUGGACACUGUUCAACACACUUAUUUUAUAAAAGAGUUGAUUACUGUGGAUCUCAACAUCGUUUUUUCUUCAUAAAAUUUAAGUGGCAUAAUUUAGAAAUCACAAUGAAAAAUUUCUCUUCAUUUUAGUAAGAAGCCAUUGGAAAAUGAGUCAAUGUCGAUCGGCAGUUUUUCAUACAAAACAGUAAAACACUUAUGAAUAAAUAAAAUGCAUAAUGAAUGUCUGUGUUCCAUAUUUGUUAAAACAAAACAACUGAUGUGGUGUUUCUGGUGUCUGAUUUGCAUAAUAAGAUGACCUUGAUUAUGAAUAUUAUAAGUGGUAAUUGAUUUCAUUUCAUUCAUUUAGACAAAUGGUCUGUUAAAUAUGUAUUGUUAUCGUCAUCUAAACAUUUUUAAUCAUAAACAUAGAAGUUGUUUACAAAAUUCCAACUUUGCUUUAUUACGAUAUAUAAUUUUUGGAUUUUUAGAUUAAAUUGUGUUAGUGCGUCAACUGAUAUAACUGAUAGUUCUCAUUGGUUGACUCAAGGCCACGCUGUAACCUUGACUACAAUUUAGUGCAAAUCAGUUUAUGUUCCAAAGAAUGUUACAUAUAUUUGCUACUCUCUAAUGCACUUUAAUUUUUCCGCAAUCUGUUAAAUUAUUAUGAAUUCUGAUACCAAGGCUCCGAAAUUUCAAGAGUCAAUGUUUAACAAAACUUUGAAAUUGAAGCCUAGUCAUAAAUAUUUCUGUAGUUUAAAUUCGAUAAAUAGUUUUCCUCUGGAUAGUGACAGAUUUGAACUUGAUGUUGAUGAUGAUAUGCAAUCCCUUCUGCAAAGUUUGAUCAAGACGUCUUCUAGAAAUCAGAAAGAUUCAAAUAGUUCACUCAUACUUAUUACAAAAUCACCUCGGAGACAUCAGUCUAUUCACUUCCAUUUAUUCUGUCCUCCUAAUAAUUCACAUACAUUUAUUUCUGAUUAUCGUAGACAUGUAUUAAGUACCAGAAUUCUUGCUCAGCAUUCAGAAGAUUCACAAUACAUAAGUGGGAACAUUUGUCCUCUGCCAGAAUUAACAUCUAAAUCCCAAGAGACCAAGGCAUCUAGAGAUUCUUCAAUUCAAAAAGUUGAUCCACCUACUGACUGUGAUAAUCUUGUUCGCAGUAAAGAAGUCAAGUCUGAAAACAUUACACUUUUGAAUAAGGAAAAUGAAGAGCUUGUAAAGCCUGAUGUAAAUACUAAUGGUAACAAACCAACUUUUGGUUCAGUGGGACGUAUUGUUGAACAGGGUGAUGCCUGGUUUAUUAUUCCACCCACUGGAAUUGAUGGUCCGUAUUCUCAAAAUCAAAAUGGCACUUAUUCCAGUAUCAGUUCAAUCGUGUCAGAUUUUCCAAGCAUGAGUCAUUCGGUUGGUAGAAGCAAUGGAUCUAGUAAAUCUCUUCUAAGUACAUUUUAUACUCCCACAAUGAAGCGUCGACAGAGGCUACCUAUACCUUCUGAAUUUCUUAAUUCAGCAACUCUAGGAACUGUAUCUUCGAAGCCACCUACUCCUUCGAAGGAUGGAAUAGGUCGGGUACCAACAACAAACCUUCAGUCAGAAGUGAAUAGAUCUAGUGACCAAGAUUCUGGUCUCUCUUCACAGUUAAGCGCACCACUUCAUGCUAUAGAUAUGGAAAGUCAGAAUGAAGACUAUUUACCCAAAGUAGUGAAUAAUAAUCCAACAGAAAUAUCAUCUGCAACACGUUGGACAACUACAUUACGCCAAUCGAUGAAGCGAGCGAAUAACAGACGUAUUUUAUUAGCGGGCUGUACAAUAUUCAAUAGGAAUCCUGUCGAGGGGAUCAAUUACCUCAUUAGAAAUUAUACUUUAGUAUCCAACCCUUCUAAAAUUGCUCAUUUUCUACUGAAUGAACCAAAUCUCAAUCGUCAAGCUAUUGGAGAAUACUUUGGUCUCUUGGACAAUCCAAUGGCAACUAAGGUUUUAAAGGAAUUUUUAUUACUGAUCGAUAUGAAAGGAAUGGAAGUAGACAAUGCUUUGCGCUCAGUCAUCGGUCAUUUCCAUCCAUCGGGUGAAUCUCAAAAAAUUGCCCAUCUAAUGCAAAUAUUUCAAGAAGUGUACAUACAUCAGAAUCCAGAUCGUGUUCACAGACUGUUUCGUAAUUCAGAGACAGUAGAGGUUUUGGCCUAUUCAGUCCUGUUAUUACAUACUGAUCUUCACAAUCCGAAUGUUGGAAAAAUGGGGAAACGUAUGACUAAACAAGGAUUCAUUAAUAAUAACCGAGGAAUAGAUUCUAACCACGAUGUGAGUAAAGAUCUACUAGAAGGCAUUUACGACCGUGUAGCCGCAUCCGAGUUCAAAACACUACCAGAUCCCUCAGACAGACUGCGAGCUUUGGAUGGAGUUUUGGUCGGGCCCUUGAAGACAGAUAAUUUUGUGCAAAGACAUCGCCGGUUCAUUGGUAGAGUACUAGCACAACAAAUCGAAAAAAUUGCUCCCCGACGAUUGCCAAGUAAAAAUAAUUCCCGAUGGCGUUAUUUACUGAUAUUCAAUGACAUCUUACUAGUAGUGAAGUCACUAAGUUCAACACGGCUUAGGUCAGAUUCUCUCAUGAACACAGCUGCUGCAGUAGCUAUGGGUGAUCAAAAUGUUAGCCGACAUUACACACCAAGAAAUUCCAUAUCUAGUGUUCGUAACCAAAAUCCUAAAGAUCAGUCAGGAAAUGUCAGAAGUCGCAGUUCUUCCGGUGUGGUGCAAGAUGUAGCACAAAAAAUAUUCUGUUCUACAGAGCCAUUUGUCAGUGACACCUCCUACCAAGUUCGCAAUGUUUUUCCGUUUCUUGAUCUACGUGUACUGGUUUUUGAAUCUAACUAUUAUCGAUACGGGGUUCAACUAUGCAAUUCAAGUGGACCAGUCAUUAGUUUAAAUAUGUCGUCUGAAACCUGUCGUCGUCAGUUUAUUGAUUGGGUGUAUGAAUCCAUUGCCGAAAUGGAAGAACUUCAACAGCAUCAGCAAAUGAAGCAAACUGUAUGUGAAAAAAACAUUAUAAUCAAGUCUGGACUGAAUUCCAGUAAUACCAGUAUUGUUAGAGAAGAUAACAGUAGCAGUGUAUCUUCGUCGUCAAUGAAAAAGAAGGUUAUAUUAUCUAAUCCGUAAUCACAGAUGACAGAAUAUCUCUAAUUUAAUUUUCCAGAAUACUUCACAUGAAUUCCUUUGAUUUUUCUUUCCUUUCUUAGGACUAAACAGAAUCAACUGUAUCCUGUUUGAUUUUUUUGUCCAGGAUAUACAGUGUGCCUCAGAUUUCUCAUUUCUGUGAUAUUUCAGAUGUGUCAGAUGUACACACACACAACAGAGAUAAUUCCUUCUGUUUUUAUUGAUUACUUUUGAAUCUCUGCUUUAUAAAGUAAGACUUACGCUUUAGAUAACAUUUUAUUAGAGAUCUAUUCUCAGAAUAGAGAACAUUUAUAUAUUCAAUUAGUUAUUAUAACAUAAAUAUACUUCCUCAUGUUUAUUUAUAUACCUUUUCGCUCAAUAUUUCAUGUCGGUAUGAUGGACAUGCCCAAUUAGAUACAUAUAUAUGCAUCAGUUGCCGCCUUAUAACUGCAUUUGAAUAUAUAUUUAUUUAUUAUGAUUUCUUCCCGUAAUCAGUUUCUAUUGUGUAUUUUCCAGGAUGAUAUGCCAGUCAUUUUAGAAAUAUUAAGUACUUGUAUAUUAAAAGAAUAUUUUUAUUCAAAAGUUUUUAGAUGAAAUUAUCUGGGUUUAUCAUAUUGUAUAAAAAUAUAUGAAUUGAUUCUUUGCUUUAAAUCGAAGUACUUUUACUGUAUUUGUACAUUUUUGCUUUCAAAAAGAGUUAACUAUAAUUAAAGCUCAAGAUGCGCAUAUGCUGUUCAACCCAAUCGAUUUCUGGAACAUCUUUUUCCAAGGUAUUCCAAUUAUCGUCUGUACCAUGAGGUGGAAUUUGUCUGAAGUGUAUAGAUGAUGGGUUCUUGUGGGAUUUGACAGAUGUUCUCUUCCCAAUAUAGUGAUAACAAAAUUCAGAGACUGAACUGCCUUGGUUAGUUCGUAUUCAGUUU